GGUCUUCUACUCUGACCCACUCCCAGCAGGACCGUGCACCCCCGCGCCCCAGCAAGAGCUGCGCCCCAGGGCAAGGGAUGGCGGGCCUGCGGCUGAUUUCCUCCAGGGGCGGCGACCUUUGAUAACCGUGUGGGGGAAGGAGGCGUCCUGGGCUGUCCGGUGCUCAGGUUCCGGGACAAGAGCCGCAGCCGGGGGCGCCUGAGUCACCAACCGCCGCCGCUGCCGGAAGCCGCUGCACCCGCCCUGCGCCGGCCGGGGAGAGGCGCUUCCCGUGAGCCCCCGGGCGCCCGAGGACUACAACUCCCGGCAAGCCCCGCGGCCGCCGCAGUUAACCCUUGAGGGCCCGCGGCCGCCUGGCACCGCCCCCCACCCCCUCUGCCCCUCACCUGGACCUGCAGGAGAUGGGUGCCCCCAUCGUCACACUGUCCUCUGGCCACUGGACAUCAUGCCUCCCAAGAAGGAUGUACCCGUGAAGAAACCAGCAGGGCCCUCUGUCUCCAAACCUGCUGCCAGGCCAGCACCAGGGACCCCUCUAGCCAAGGGCAAGGCUGAGCCCACGCCAGCUGUCCCCCUGACUCCCGGAAAAACCCAAGAGCCCCCCAUCGAUCUCUCCAAAGUGGCGAUCGAGUUUAACAAGGACCAGCUGGAAGAGUUCAAGGAGGCCUUUGAGCUGUUUGACCGAGUAGGGGAUGGCAAGAUCCUGUACAGCCAGUGUGGGGACUUGAUGAGGGCCCUGGGCCAGAAUCCUACGAAUGCUGAGGUGCACAAGGUCCUGGGGAACCCCAAGAAUGAUGAGCUGAAGUCCCGGCGUGUAGACUUUGAGACUUUCCUGCCCAUGCUCCAGGCGGUGGCGAAGAACCGGGACCAAGGCACAUAUGAAGACUACCUGGAGGGGCUUCGGGUGUUUGACAAGGAAGGGAACGGCAAAAUCAUGGGAGCAGAGCUCAGACACGUCCUCACCACCCUGGGAGAGAAGAUGACUGAGGAGGAGGUGGACACGGUCCUGGCGGGACACGAAGACAGCAACGGCUGUGUCAACUACGAAGCUUUCCUGAAGCACAUCCUGAGCGUCUGAGCGCCGCGGCCGCGCCCCCCGCCCCGGCUGUACCCCGGCCCGGCUGUACCCCG